CGCGUUAAUUCGAAUGGUUUGUUUUCCCCCACGGCAUAAACGGUUAUGACGUUUUUGUGGGCGUUCCCAGCAAUGCCGAACAACUUUGAAAAGUAAACAAAUCAUUUAAAAACUGGAUAUUUGCAGAAAUAGCAUUUUAAUAAACACCUUGAGCGAACAAAUUGGUGUUUCAAACCUUAUAGACAUUCAUUUAAAAAUAAAAAAGCAGCUAUUUCGUGGACUGACCCAUAAGCUGUAACGUUAACUAAAAACAGGUGUUACAUCUGGCCGAUUACUCUUGCUGUCGCAGCAAAACAAGAGUCCGCGUGUGCUUACUUUGUGGUGGAGGCCAGUGGUUAAGUAGCCUGCAGCGCACUUUCACUUUUGGAGCAGAAAAUAACACUUUUGAUUUAAAUUUAACAAUGGACAAAACUCAUCCAGGAAGCAAAUCAAGACCCUUUCCAGUAACAACAUUAUUCAAACAGGAGCCUCAGAAAUCUGAUAAAAUGCAGGUGACAUACAGAAUUCCAGCUCUCAUCUAUAUCAGUGACAAUCAAACGUUUCUUGCCUUUGCUGAAAAGCGGAAAACUGCAGAUGACACGGAUGCAGAUGUCCUUGUGAUGAGAAAAGGAAUAUGUAAGGAUAGUGAAGUUGAGUGGGAUAAUAGUCAUGAGUUGCUCACUUCGGCUUGUCAACCAAACCGCCGCAGCAUGAAUCCAUGUCCAGUCUAUGAGAGAGAAUCCAAGACCCUCUUUCUGUUUUUUAUCACUGUUCCUGUUGGGGUCUCUGAACACAAACAAAUACACAAGAAUAAGAAUCAGGCACGACUUUGUUACAUAACCAGUCAUGACACUGGCAAAACCUGGAGUGAUAUGACAGACCUGACAGCAGAUGUGAUCGGUGAGCAGGAGAAGGACUGGGCCACCUUUGCUGUCGGACCAGGACAUGGUGUUCAAAUGAAGAGCGGAAGACUGAUUAUCCCAGCAUAUGUGUAUCCUUGCCACUCUCUCAACUGUGAACCCACAUCGCGUGCAUUCACAUUCUACAGUGAUGAUAAAGGAAGUACUUGGCAUUUAGGAAAACGUGUGGAUGGUGAGUCUAAUGAGUGUCAAAUGGCUGAGAUCAUUGAUGACAAAGGUAACAGUAAACUUUACUGCAAUGCUCGAAGUAUAUCCGGCCACAGAGUCGAGGCUCUAAGUGAGAGUAAUGGAGAUGCUUUUGACAAGCCUUCAUCUGCACGUAAGCUGACAGAGACAGGACAUGGCUGCCAAGGAAGUGUGUUGAGUUUUGCCCCUGAUCGAGCAACUGAAAAAACAUGGCUACUCUAUUGCCAUCCAACCAAUCCAAGCAAGAGAAUGUGCCUUGCCGUCUACUUGAAUAAAUCGCCGUGGGAUGCCUCAGGAUGGGAGGACCGUAAAUUGAUCAUCUACGAUGGUCCAAGUGGAUACUCCGAUCUGGCUCACUGUGGAGAUGGAAAACACUUUGCCUGUCUUCUGGAAUGUGGAGAGAUAAAUGAGGUUGACGGGAUAGCCUUUGUCCUUUUUAAACUCAGUGACGUCAUUUAGGCCAGGGUUGCUAAAUGAGACUGCAAAAGUCAACAUUUUCUUUUCGUUUGGCAAAUUAUUAAUUUACUGCUAAAAAUAAUGGACAAGUACUCACAAAAUUGAUAUUAAGCAUAUUUAAAUCAUCAAAAUAUGAAGAUCAUACACUACCAUUCAAAGCUUUUUUUUAAACCGCAUAAACACAUUUCAU